AUGAUAAAAAAAUACAGCUUAUACAUGCAUAUUGCUCCGUUUGUUAUGAUUGUUUAGUUCUUUUCAACUUUUUGUCAAUUUUUUUCCCACUAGAAUGUCGUCACAAAGCACAAUCAUGAUAAAAAAAAGAUGGCUUAUACUUACAUAUUGCUGCUUUUGUUAUUUGGAAAAUCAAUCCCGCUACAGACCCUCAGUGACUUGCGACCCCCGGUGACCCCCAGUGACAUGGCAGCUGAUGUGUAAACAUAGCUUGAAAAAAAAAAAGAAAAAAUCUAGAAAAAGCAGGAACUCGUCUAUCCUCACCUCUCGCCGCCAUUCUCCUCCUCCACCGACGACGGCCAUAGCUCGCCGAAAUUUCUGCAAUCUUCGUCGCUCUCAUCAAUCUGUACGCAAAGUGGAAGAAUGGAGGUUGAUUCAAAUGUUGGUGAGAAUCCUUUUAUACAUGAGGGCGAAGAUGUUGAAGAACCUAAAAAGGGUAUGUGUUGUAGCUCAAGGGAAGAGGUGUACACAUUUUAUGGCAAAUAUGCUAAGCAUGUUGGAUUUUCUAUAGCUCAUAGAGCACAACAUUUUGGAGAUGAUGGGCAAUUGUUAAACUUUGCAAUUGAAUGUUCUCGAGCGGGGCAGAGAAAAAAGAAAUCAGAAGUCAACCCUCUGAAGCCAUGUUUGUCUACAAAGAUUGGUAGCAUAGCAAGGGUACGAGGUAGUGUACAAAAGGAUGAGAGAUAUAAACUAACCACAGUUAACCUUGAGCAUAAUCUUGAUUUGAUUCCCAUCGACUCACGUCAUUUUGCAAUGAAUAAGAAAAUUCUUACUCCUGUGAAGAGAAGAUUAGAAAUUAAUGAUGAAGCAGGGAUUAGGGUGUCUAGGAACUUUCAUUCAAUGGUUGUUGACGCGGAGGGAUACGAGUCAUUGACAUUUGACGAGCGAGAUGCAAGAAAUUACAUUGAGAGAGCUAGAAGGUUGAGGCUUGGGGAAGGUGAUGUUGAAUCACUUCAAAGUUAUUUUAUGAGGAUGCAAGCACAUAGUGAGAGAUUCUUUUAUGUGAUUGAUGUUGAUGAAGAGUUUCGCAUUAGAAACUUGUUUUAGGCUGAUGCUAGGAGUCGGGCGACUUAUGAAGCAUUUGGAGAUGUCGUUUCAUUUGACACAACGUAUUUGACGAACAAAUAUGACAUGCCAUUUGCUCCAUUGUCGGAGUUAAUCACCGUGGACAGUCCAUUUUGCUUGGUUGCGGAUUGUUGUCUAGUGAAGACACUAACACAUUUGUUUGGCUAUUCAAGUCAUGGUUAAGUUGCAUGUCAAAUCAUCCGCUAAAAGCUAUCAUAACUGAUCAGUGUAGAGCUAUGCAAAAUGCUAUAGAAAUUGUGUUUCCGCAAGCUCGACAUCGGUGGUGCUUAUGACAUAUCAUGAAGAAAAUUUCGGAGAAGUUGAAAGGAUAUGCGCAGUAUGAAGCCAUAAAGUUGGCUAUACAAAAUGCAGUUUAUGACUGUUUGACAAGAGUUGAAUUUGAGAGUAAAUGGGAAGAGAUGCUUGUAACAUUCAAUCUUUAUGAUAAUGAGUGGUUGGGGGUACUAUAUGAUGAGUGGAAUCGAUGGGUACCUGUCUAUGUUAAAGACAUUUUUUGGGCUGGCAUGUCAACUACACAACGAAGUGAAAGUAUGAAUGCGUUUUUUGAUGGAUAUGUAAAUCCAAAAACUACAUUGAAGCAAUUCGUUGAAAAAUAUGACAAUGUCUUGAGAAAUAAGGUAGAGAAAGAGAAGAAAGCAGACUUCAAGUCUCGACACAAAUUGUUUGAUUGCCUAACUAUAUAUGGCUUUGAGAAGCAAUUUCAGCAAGCCUACACCAAUGCGAAAUUCAAAGAAGUUCAAGGAGAGUUGAAGAGAUUAAUUUACUGUCAGGCGGUGAUUGUGAAAGAGGAGGGAUCAAUUUCUACAUAUAAUGUCCAAGAAGCGAUGGUAGUUUGUGAGAAGAUGAAGCAUGUGGACUUUGUUGUUUAUUUUAAUUCAACUGAAUGUGAAGUUCAAUGCAUAUGUCGGUUGUUUAAGUUUAGAGGCAUUAUGUGUGCUCACUCACUUGCUGUGCUUGUUAGAAGAUGCAUAAAUGAGGUGCCAAGUAAAUACAUUUUGCCCCGGUGGAGAAAAGAUGUGGAUAGAGAAUACGCAUGCAUCAAAACCACAUACACCGGCUUUGGGAAUGAUUUCAAUGCAAGUACCUAUGAGAGAAUGAACAAAAAAUUGAUUGCCAUUGUACAACUUGCUGGUAACUCUGAAGGCAAAACUAGAAUUGUAGACCUUGGGUUGGAUGAAAUCAAGGAAAUAGUCAUGAAAGAAGAAUCCGGUGAUGGGAGUAAUUUACCAUGUUCAACAAAAAGUCCGAUUCACACCGGUUCUACAUAAGGAGGUACUAAUAGGAAGGUGAUCAGUCCUUUGGUUGCUCAGCGAAGAGGUCGUCUAGUUACGAAACGGAAGGUUGCCAAAGUAGAUCAAAUUGUUAAUCGGUUCAAGG